AUGCGUAUUCAACCCAUCUUGGUUGCUACUUUGGCGACGUGUGCAUUUGCUAAAGUGCAUGGCACCGCUCCUGUGCACACGGUCUUGAUUGAACAAUCUCAACCAGAAACCGAGUCUCAUUUGAACACCCGCGAUGCCCCCAACAAUUUGGACUAUCGCUGUGGCCCCAAGAUCGGCAAAUGUCCAGUCGGCACAUGCUGCUCUGGCUCAGGCUUCUGCGGCACAUCUAAGGCACACUGUCGCUCUCCAGACUGCAAGAUUGACUACGGUAAAUGUGACGCUCACCGGUCGCCUGAUGGACCCCCAACCAAGGAAAUCCCCCGUCCUCACAUCGGUCAAGUUCCGUACGGCCCUCGUGAGAUUCGUUCAUGCGCUAUCCCCGGAACUGUUGCAUUGACCUUUGACGAUGGCCCGACACGCUACACUGGCGAUCUGCUGGAUCUGCUUGACAAAUACGAUGCAAAGGCGACAUUCUUCAUCACUGGCAUCAACAAUGGAAAGGGUCCUAUUGAUGACCUCUCCUUGCCGUGGGCUUCAUUAAUCGAACGCAUGCACUCGAGUGGCCACCAGAUCGCCAGCCAUACAUUGAAAAGAAUGAAGCUGCGCUGCGCAAUAUCCUUGGACAAUUCCCCCACUUACAUGCGGCCGCCAUAUUCCAGCUGCAACCCUGACACAGAGUGCGGAAAUGACCUGGGCCAGCUUGGGUACCACAUCAUUUUGUAUGACAUUGACACGGACGACUACAAGAACGAUAGUCCGGAUCUGAUUCAGCGGUCCAAGGAUAUCUUUGAUCACCAGCUUUUGUACAGCGACCCACGCACCAAGUCUUGGCUUGUCAUUGCCCAUGACGCCCAUGAACAGACUGUCCAUAACCUCACGGAGCAUAUGCUCAAGAGCAUCAAAAGACAGGGCUAUCGCGCCAUUACCGUUGGUGACUGUCUCCGAGAUCCCAGGCCACUCUGGUACCGCAAGGAUAGCCGGAUGCCCACCCACAAGAAGAAGCCCAAGAAGACUGCUUCAUCGGCAGAUCCCAACAAGCCGAUCUCUUGGGACGGCUCCUGCGGUUCCAAUUACACUUGCCUUGGGUCUACCUAUGGCUUUUGCUGUGGUAGUACUAACUCUUGCGGCAACACCACCAGUCAUUGUGGAAAAAGCUGUCAAAAAGAUGCCGGAUAUUGUUCCGUUGAGGCCCCUUACAAUGGGGAUGCCUGGGACCCAAAGGUUGAAACCAAGAGCCACAAGUCCGAAGCAGAUUCUGAUUUCCGAACUAUUAGCACCGCGGCUGCCACAUCGUUGUUCCUUGCUUUGAUCGUUGCGAUGUGGAUGUGA